AACUGGCCUUUGGUGAUAGGGCCAUCUUUAGAAAUCAAAUGCUAGCUUAUUUCCUCAGUGAUCUUCAAAGUAUGUAUCUGCAAGAAUAGUCACUGUGUCUCAAUCUCAAACCACCAUCAUCACCAAAAUGAGUUCUCCCCCUUCUUCUCUAUCAACAAAACCAAAAUCUCAUCAUGUGGUAAUCUUUCCAUUCAUGUCUCAAGGACAUACACUUCCACUACUAGAUCUCUCUAAAUCUCUCUCAACCCUAAACUUAACAGUUACUAUCAUUACUACUCCAGCUAAUGCUCUUCAAAUCCAAAGAUCCAUCUGUAGAUAUCCUAACAUCCAUCUCAGGCAAAUCCCUUUCCCACCAAUUCAAGAACUACCAACACCUUGUGAGAACACUAAUGAUCUACCAUCCAUGUCUUAUCUCCCCCAAUUUUUUGCGGCAACGACGGAACUACAAGAACCAUUUGAUCAAGUUUUACAAGAUAUGAAAGAUUCCGGUUCAUUACCCCUUUGUGUUAUAUCCGAUUUCUUCUUAGGAUUUACACUUGGUACUUGCCGCAAGUUUAAUGUGCCUAGAGUCGUGUUCCAUGGCAUGGGUGUGCUAUCUAUGGUGAUUACGAAGUACUUUAUAAUGCAUGCAAGUGACCAUCAUAUCAUGAACUCGGGUUCUCAAGAAUCCGUUCAACUUCCUGGUCUGACUCUUCCUUUUAGCCUGACCAAAGUUGACAUACCAGAGGCUUUUUUCCAUUUGUCGGAUCCGGACAACCCGAUGACCCAAUUCUUUGAUGAAUUGGGUGAGUCCGAAACUAAUAGCUGGGGUGUUAUUGUGAACAGUUUCGCUGAGCUAGAAAAUGAGCAGGUUGGAAACCUUGAAUCAUUUUACAAACAAGAGGGGGCAAAGGCAUGGUGUUUUGGCCCUCUUUUUCUCUACCAUGAUGAUUUGGACGGUGAAGUUGAAUCGGAUGAAACUAUCAAAUGGUUAGAUGAACAUGAAGAUGGGUAUGUUGUGUAUGUAUCUUUUGGUACACAAGCUGAUGUUUCAAACUUGCAGCUUGACGAAAUUAUCCAUGGAUUGGAAAUGUCAAAUCAUCCGUUCAUUUUCGUAGUUAGAUCAAAAACGUGGAUCUUGCCUGAUGGAUUGGAGGGGAAAGUGAAAGGUAAAGGUUUGGUCGCACGAGAAUGGGUGAACCAGCGGCGUAUAUUAUCACAUAAGGCGAUAGGUGGGUUUCUGAGUCAUUGUGGUUGGAAUUCAGUGCUGGAAAGUAUAUCGUUUCGGGUGCCGCUUUUAGUAUGCCCGAUGAUGGCUGAGCAACCACUCAAUGCUAGAAUUGUGGUGGAUGGGUUUGGAAUAGGACUGGAGAUCCCAAGGGGCGGCACUAUAAGUAAGGUAGGAGAUGAAAUCGUAGCUGUUGGCAGAGGAGAUAUCUGUAAAGGAGUUAAUGAAUUGAUGAAUUCAGAGCAAGGGAUGAGAGCUAGAGAAAAGGUGAAGAGUUUAGGGGAAGUUGCUGAACAGGCAGUGCAAAAAGAUGGAUCAUCUUAUAAGUGUUUGACUGAAUUUAUUGAUGCUCUAACUAAGGUUGCGAAUUAGGAACGUUGAGUGUGUUUUUAUUAUGUUAAUUCCCCAAAGGCAGCCAAGGCUACCUAUAAUCUCAAGAUGUGGCGGAGAAAGCCGGCGGGAGUAGAUCGUUGUUGAUAGUUACGAUCUAGUCUUUUCUCUGCGCGUUUUCGGCGUGUGAGCUUGUGUUAUCAGUUUCUUUGUUAUCGUUUCGUGGUAUGUGCAAGGAUACUGUGUGUCCAUUAAUCAAUCAUUAAAUAAGUAGGGCAACUUAUAUAGCCAAAAAAAAAGAAAGUAGUGCAAUUUCAUGUCUUCCUU